UUUACGUCGUAUCACUGACACGCGACCAUACCUCCUAUGAUCCUAUCAGCCUUACCUCUUAAAUAUUUAUUAAAUCCCAACUUACAUAGCACCUCUCUAGCUCCGUCAACUCAUCGCCAUGGUUCGAACUCGAAAAGAAAAAAAGACGGCGGAAGGGAUCAAGCUAUCGCAUCCCGACCGAACCGCCGCUCCCAGCGAGGACACCUUGCUAAAGCUUGCUCAGGACCGCAACCUCUUCGAGGAAGCUGAGAGGAAGAAGAGGAAGAUUGCGAAAGAUCGUGGUUCCGAUGACGAUUCGGAUGAUGGGGACGAACUCUUGUCGUCUACGGCCGAUAGGGUAUUAGAGGCUGUUCUUUGGAGCACCAGUUUGUCUAUGCUACAUUUCACUCUCGAUGUGCUUGUUCAGCAUCAAUAUGCAAUCUCCAUCAUAUGGCCUCAGAUCAUAAUUCGAUCAGUGCAAGCAUCUAUUGUGUUCUUCUUGCUCAUCUAUGUACUUCAUCCACACGUCUCGGCUCCAUCUUUUGUGCCUGGACUGCCGGUGAGAUUUCAGUAUCCUCUACGGCAGAUACUCUUCCUCACUACGAGUAUUACUUCUGGUUGCUAUUUAAUUCAUAUUUCGAAUAAGUAUAGCUACCUCGCUGUUAUGAAACAAUCACCGCCUUUAGGCUGUCUCUGGGUCUGGUCCGUCAUUGAACUUGACCUGCCAUAUGCCGUCCUCUCUUUAGCUUGUAUCGGCGGGUUCUUCUACCAGGGCGGCUAUACAAUAAAGCAACCAUAUUAAUAUAUUGAGCAAGGCUGCGAUAUGCAGUCCUUCUAUGUAAUACAUUAGCGGGUGGGGAGGG